UUCCGGGUCCGGUGCCGCUCCGGAUGCUCGAGGCCGAAGGAUGUUUGACCUCCGGAUAAGCGAGGCGCCGCCGUGCAUUCAUUCCCGGUUGCAUCGGUGGCCACAGCCGCGGCCCGGACGGCGACUCGGCGCUCAGCGGCGGCAGUAGGUGGCGCCGGCGGCGGCGCGCCGAGCCGGGAGACGCGGGCCCGUCCUUCUCAAGCUCGCGCCUUCCUCUCCUCGGCCUCGUUCAUCUCCUGCGGCCGCCGGCGGCGGGGAUGUGCCGGCGCUGACAGGCGGACGCGCGCGCCGGGCCGAACCCGCUGCCCGCGGCUGCGCCUCUGAGCUCUCUGUCAAACCAGCUUUGAUCCCUGAGAAGAUAAUUUUGAAGAUAUACUUUGCUGAGAAGACAGCUGCGAACAGUUGUCCGAAUGGGAUGAACACGCCUCAGCUGACUGACUAUCGGCUGGAGUUUGAACGCUAACGCUGCUCAUCGGGUACUCUUACCUAGUGAUGCGCCUACUCUUACAGUGCCCAUUUCAUUGUGCUUGUCUUGAUUAAAGAAUUCAAAGUGGAGUACCGCAAACUUGAUAUGGAUAAUAAAAAGAAAGACAAGGACAAAUCAGAUGAUAGAAUGGCACGACCCAGUGGUCGAUCAGGACACAGCACUCGAGGAACUGGCUCUUCUUCCUCUGGAGUUUUAAUGGUUGGACCUAACUUUAGAGUUGGGAAAAAAAUUGGAUGUGGCAAUUUUGGAGAAUUACGAUUAGGGAAAAAUUUAUACACAAAUGAAUAUGUGGCGAUUAAACUGGAGCCCAUGAAAUCCAGAGCACCACAGCUGCAUUUGGAAUACAGAUUCUACAAGCAGUUAGGAUCUGGAGAUGGUAUACCUCAAGUUUACUAUUUUGGCCCUUGUGGUAAAUACAAUGCUAUGGUGCUAGAACUGCUGGGACCUAGUUUGGAAGAUUUGUUUGACCUAUGUGAUAGAACGUUUUCUCUUAAAACGGUUCUUAUGAUAGCUAUACAACUGAUUUCUCGCAUGGAGUAUGUCCACUCAAAGAACUUGAUAUACAGAGAUGUGAAACCCGAGAACUUUCUAAUAGGACGACCAGGAAACAAAACCCAACAAGUCAUUCAUAUUAUAGAUUUUGGAUUGGCAAAGGAAUAUAUUGAUCCAGAGACAAAGAAGCAUAUACCAUACAGAGAACACAAAAGCCUUACUGGAACAGCUAGAUACAUGAGCAUAAACACACAUCUAGGAAAAGAGCAGAGUAGAAGAGAUGACUUAGAAGCUUUAGGGCAUAUGUUCAUGUACUUCCUGAGAGGCAGUCUUCCUUGGCAAGGCUUAAAGGCUGACACAUUAAAAGAGAGGUAUCAGAAAAUUGGCGACACGAAACGAGCCACACCAAUAGAAGUGUUGUGUGAAAAUUUCCCAGAAGAAAUGGCAACAUAUCUUCGUUAUGUACGAAGGCUAGAUUUUUUUGAAAAGCCAGACUAUGAUUACCUAAGAAAACUUUUUACCGACCUGUUUGAUCGCAAAGGAUAUAUGUUUGAUUAUGAAUAUGACUGGAUUGGUAAACAGUUGCCUACUCCAGUGGGUGCCGUUCAGCAAGACCCUGCCCUGUCAUCGAACAGAGAAGCACACCAACACAGAGAUAAGAUGCAGCAGUCUAAAAAUCAGGUUGUAAGUUCUACAAAUGGAGAGUUAAACACAGAUGAUCCCACAGCAGGACGAUCAAAUGCACCCAUCACAGCCCCUACAGAAGUAGAAGUGAUGGAUGAAACCAACUGCCAGAAAGUAUUGAAUAUGUGGUGCUGCUGUUUUUUCAAACGAAGGAAAAGGAAAACCAUACAACGUCACAAAUGACUGGACACAGAGAUCCUGGGGAGUUACUUACAUGUUCAUAUGCUGUCUCGUGAUUAAAAUCAUCUCUGUAGUGACCACAUAUAUUUUCAAGGACUUACUCUUGAAACAGAAAUGUCAUACUUUCACAUUUCAUUUUGUGGUUGUCUUACAUUCAUUUCUCCUCCUAAUUUAACUUUAUGGAAGCUUUAAAAUUUUAUCAAAUGUGAGUGCUUUGCCCAUCAUUGAAUGGAAUGGACCAAUGAAGUGGUAUUGAUGAACACAGUUCCAGAGGACAUUUUUCAGAACCUCUUCUGUUACAGAAAACAAUACAGGUGUCUAAGUGUCAAUUAAUUGCACCUAAUUUGAUUUUUUAUGUCUUAUAUGAAAGCAUAAUCAAACAGGAAUUUUCUUCUCAAUGGAUAGUGCAGCAGACAAAACAGUUGCCCAAAUAUUAAAAACAGCUUUCAUGAGAAGUUCCUAUUUUGUGACAUCUGCAUUGAUUUCAGUAUGACUUAUGGUACUGUUAUUCAUGACUCAUAUUGACAUUCUCUCUGUGAAAUCAAGGUACAGUCACUGCCCAGAGGUACUGAGGAAAAAGCACUAUGGGACUGGCAAGCAGUGGUGGUAAAUAAAUCAGAAGAAAUGUGGGAAAAAGAGCUCAGCUUCUGUUGUGCCACUGUGUAAAGUACAGCUGCAGAAGUGGCAGGAGCACCGAUUUGUAUAAUGUCACUCUAUGCUUCCAAGUGAUAAUGUAUGCUAGAUAGCAAAAAAAUGAAUGCUGGAGAAGUAAUGUAUGUUGGAGUUGGAAAAAUACACUAAGGAAAGGAAAUAAAUGUGAAAUUUACUGCAGUGUGUAAGGCUGGAGCCCCUUGAAGCCUGCUGUUGGAUGGCCGCAUCUCCCAGAAGCAGAAGUCUGAGGAUGUGCCAUACAGUGGUGGCUGUUUGUUAUGUAGUACUUCAACUAACGGAAAGAAACAUACUCCCAGCAGAAACCACUGGGUCACUCUGCUGCCCUCUGUGCACAUUAGUCUCUUGUAUUCAGCUUUGCUAGUUCUCUGGACUCUCCUGUCUUGAGCAUCGUGUUGAUGAUGGGAGAUGGUUUGGCGAGGGUGGGCCAGGUGCUUUGCCUCCAUAGUUUUCACAGUGCUGCAAACGAACAAGGAACAGUUCUGUUAGUAGUAAGACCUUCCUUUGCAAGUGUGCUUUGUUUGAAGCCAUAGAACACAGGCAUGCUUCUGUUUCUCAAGAGUGAAAACAAAAGACUGGCUAGGAAGAUACUGUUGAUCACAUCACACAUCCUCUUUCAUUUAUGAAAUUGUUGCUCUGUCCAUGCAGUCUCUUCUCUGUCGUAAGUGUGAACCUUCAGGUAUGCUUAUUUAUUUUUUGUCUCAAGGUAACAUUUAAAAUAUAUAUUAAAGGAAAUGAAUCCACCUUUUUUUACUUCAUUAUUGAAUUUGCAGGUAUUUAAUUGUAUUUUGUAAUUUAUUUUUCUUAUUAGCCAAAAGUUCAAUGAGUUGCUUUUGAUGAAUUGGGCACCCAUAUGAACAUCACGAAUCAGGACAUUGUUUAUCAUUGUUUCUUCUAAUCCAAUGAGCAAUCUUUUUUUCUUGAUUUUGAAGACCUAUAUUCAACCUAGAAAACAUUUGCUGUAUAUUUGGUCAGCAGUUUCCAUUCUAUUGAUAUACUGUCAUGAUGUCUAAACUUCAGGAGUUAAAUACUGAAUUUUUGGUUUUGUUUGCUCUGAGCAAGGUAGAUGGAUGUUUUGGCCAUUUAUAAUGUGAAACCACUUCUUUACAGUAUUUGACCAAAUUUGUGUGUCUAUGAUAUUUGUAAAUACAUGCGAUAUCUGUAUUUCUUAUCAUAAGCCUAUUUAGUUUUAUUCUCAGUAGGGUUUUUUGGACUGUACAGUGUUUAUAUGAUCUGAACUCCUUAUACAUAAGAAGGUGUGUAUAUUAAUCCAAUUAUGGACUUAAAUAUUUUAAAAGUAUGAAUACCCUUAUUUGCUGCAAAGGCCAGUGUGUAGACAUUUGCUUUUUAGCAAUAUUUUUAAGUGCUCCAUUUUAGUGUCAGAGAAUAAGUCUUUGGCACACAGACUGGUCAGUAAUAGUAAUGCAGGUAUGUUCAGGUUAAGCCAACAAUGUUUUGCAUUUUUAUGCUUCUUUUCUGUCAACACUAAUGAAAUCAACAUUGCCUGAAUGUCUGAAUACUGAAACACAGCCCUGUUUAAAAGUAUGUAACUGAAAAAGAAAUAAAUAAAGGUAGUUUUUUUAAA